GCAGAGCGUGAACCAACGGGCCUGGGGUCUGCGCGGCUCCGCUGCUUUCUCUGCCUGUGAAGUCUGCCAAACGCUGCUGCGCUUUCCGCCGCCCGUGCGCCUCAGCGCCCGCCUCCAGCGGCUGAGACUUACCAAACAGACAAAGGCUGAGGAAGACCUCUACAGUCAUGACGCUUUCCCCCCUACUGGCUGCACAACACUGCUCGUGAGGCCUGCUUUGCUCUGGUGCCACAUUGGCGGUUCACAAUGAGGGUGAAGAGAUGAGCCUGCAUCUAGCAGCCCUGACCCUGCAGUCCCUGCCACUGGAUAUUUACUGAUUCACAGAAUCCAGAAGACAAUGCCCCUGUCUCCCAGAUAACACUUCUGAGGACCGGGCUUUCACAGCGCGCAUUGUGCACCAUGGCAGGAGAGACUCAGCGAACGCAUGCUGUCAAAGAGCUGGACGCUGGGUCCAAACUGCAGGAUGAGGGAACGGCGCUGGAGCAGCAGAGUGACAAAACUACAAAGGAGUCUUCAGAACACUUUUCAAGCACAGGCACUGAGGCCAAGUCCACCAACAGAGGGGCGAAAGCUGAAAAACUAGAGAAGGAAAGGGAAUGUCCUCAGCAGCGUGAGGCUGUCAUACGUCCACAGCAGGCAGGGAAGAUCGACUUCAAAUCGCUGCAGAACAGAUCCAAAUUCGCCAGUGAAAGGACUUGGUCGAGUGGCAAAGGCAGCCCCCAGUCCCCGAGCGGAAAGGGACGCAGCCGAGACAAGGGGAAGCGGGUGGGAAAGACGGAGCGCGGCAACCCGCAGCAGCUGUACAGACUUAGCAUUACAAAUUCACGCUCCAACCCCACAAUCGGUAUUGCGUACCCGCAGCAGAAGGUUCCACCGCCCAAGACGCUGGACGCCGGCCGUGGCCCAGUGUCGGGCAGCUACAGAUUCCACGUUCCCAGUAUUCCGGAGCGGGAGGCGGAGCUCCAGCAAGAGGAGCUCAGCUACGGCCGCUGCUUCCAGGAGGCCUCCGCUAACAUUACCUCCCCAAGCUAUACCUCACAGGCACUGGGUUCCUCGAGUGGAGCAUCAUCGCACCCGCAUCCGCCCCUGCCACAGCAGCAGCAGCAGCAGCAGCAGCAGCAGCAGCAGCAGCAGCAGCAGCAGCAUCCCACUUCCAUGGAGAGCGGCGCACAGCCUGGCAGUCAGCUGAUUCUGACUGAUUUUCAGCUGAGCUCUAACGCAUGGCAGCCUGCUGAAAAGACUUUUAAUGGUGCUAAUUAUGGAGUGUCGUCGCAGAAAUCUACAGAAGCCAGUAAAACCUUUGUGCCUGGCCUUUUUCAGUACGGAUAUCAUUUUCUGGAAGAAUCCACCUCUGACUCUUUUCCUUGUGAACAGAAUGCUCCAUCCCAAGACAUUACAGACUCCAACCUAGGUUCUGUUCACGUGACCCACAACUCAUUUACCUUUGCACCGGGGGACGGCCAGAACAUUGUUCAGAACAGCACUCAGUUCAGUAAUGAGCAGCGGUCGGAGAACAGAACCUCUUAUGCUCAUCCCCCACAGUCGCAGUUUAUUGAAGGAGUCGCACCCUCCAUGCAGUAUCCCAGGAAUCUGAGCGAGGACUCAACCAGCAGUGACAGCUCCGGCUCCGUCUCACAACAGUCAGCUGAGGGGAAGGCUGCUCUGCCUGAGAGCACAGACCAUAAUGGACAGGUAGACAGUAGGGAUGCAGCCAUUACUUCAGGGAGUAAGAGAAGCUGUCACCCCAAAGACACAGACGGCAACCAAAGAACACUUAUACAGGGAAGCGUGCACCAUGCGAGAAACAUGUCACAAGGUGCCGGCUCCCAAAUGCACUUUUCCAACAAAACAUUUACCAGCCCUCUGGCAGGGAACAUCCACACAGGCCCGAUGUCCUUCGACAAAAACAUGACUAGCAAAGUUCUGAACCGAUUACCGCGCUCCUGGGAGGGACCCAAUAAGACUUAUUCACCAGCAAAUCAAAGCACAAUUCAGUACACUGACAUGAAUGACAGGUUUCAGUUUCAGAAUCAGUCAGGACUCGACCAAAGACCUAAUAUAUCUAAAAAUAGUAGAAUGCCCUGGCAACAGAUACGACCAAACCAAAUAGAGUUAUCUAGGCAGGCAAGCGGUCAGAAGCUAGCCUACAUGGUGGCCCCUUCAGAGUGGCAAGAUGACAGUAAGUCACUGAAACAUAUCUCACUGAAAAACCCCAGCUCCUUCCAGAACAACAGAACCGGUGAUGGGUUUGCAAACCAAAGGCAGGACAGCGUCAAACACAGCAAUAACACGGUGUCCACGUUCAAAGUAGAGAUGAGCCACGCGCAGGUGUGCGAGUCCAAAAGCAAGGCAGUGUUCUUCGGGUUGAACCAGUCUCUGUCGGCUGCCACGAGAAACUACAGCUAUCUACCAUCACAGGUGCCGCCCAUGGGGCUCAUGAUGGUGUCGCCUUACGAGUCCCCUUUGCCGUCCCCGGUUCACAAUGCUGCACCCAGCAGCACUUGCUCUUCGCUCUCCCCCGCAUCCACCAUCAGCUCUGAGGACAUCCAGGUGUCCAAAUCAGCCCCCCCCCACGCCUUUUAUCACCAGCCGCAAGCAAAGGCUCAGCUAGCGUCAGAUCACCUCGGCUCACGCGCUCACCAGUUCCAGGCGGAUGCUUCCAGAAACCUUCCCUAUGCACCAGACAAGGUCAAGGAUGAUAUGGCGGCGUACCUGCAGAACAACAAGACAGCCAUGGAGGGGAACAAAGGCUACAUGGACAGUUUUGGGGUGGAACACCACCAACCUCCGCCACCCUAUUCAUUACAUACACAUCAGCUGUUAGCCACCUCGUUAGCUACGGCAAAUCUUGACCAGUUAGACGUGCUUCUGACAUGCAAGCAGUGUGAUCAGAACUUCCAUAACGUGGCCUCUUUUCUAAGCCAUAAGCAAUACUGCACUCAACACACAUUUGCACAAAAUGACCUCAAAGACAUAUCAAAGAUGGAGGACACCAGAAAACUCCACGUGGAGCCAGCAAAAGUAGUGUCAUCAGCACCGAACGUUUCAAUGUCGCGGUGCCCAUCUGACCUUCACCUGUCUCUGCUGGGCCUUAAUAAAAAUGGAGAGCUUCUAUCUGACAGUGACACAAAAGGAGAUGCCAAGGACGAUCCCAUGAAGCUUAGCUUGUUCUCCAGUGCCGGUAUCCUCCUGUGUGUCGUUUCCGUCGUGGGCUUCGUCCUGUACUGUAUCACCUAUGUCCCCGAUGAGAGGACGUCGGUGCAGUUCAUUGUCAAGCUCCUCUACUUCGCCCUGUGCACCGUGGGCCUGGUCGUUUCGCUGCUGGCCAUGGCGUUCGCCGCGCACCACCACGCGCAGACCAGCGGCCUCACCUGCGAGCCGCUGGGAGGGGGCUGCGAGUGCACCCUGGAUCCGGACGACCCCAUCGCCCGCACCUUCGCCUACGAGCAGGUGGAGGACUGCGGGAGCAUCCCCGGCACGCUCCCCCUCUACUUCCUGGUCCAGAUCGUACUGAACCUGCUCCAGGCGCUGGUCUGCGCCGCCGGCGCCUUCGUCAUGUGGAAGCACCGGUACCAGGUCUUCUUCUCUGGGCUACAGGUCGGCUCGCCCUCCGCGCAGCAGUGGAGCAAGGUUUAACCCAACGGUGGUCGAAUAUCAGGAACACGUGCCAAAGUGUGUUGUGUUUGAUGUCACUUUAUAUUGAUUUCGCAGUAGUUGUACUAUUUUGGCCUUUUGCACAAAUUUUGUACUUCAUUUAAAAGAUUUUGUACUUCGCUUUGCAAAUGAUAUAAAAGGAACUUGGAGAAAAAAAGGAACUGGUCUAUUUUUGAUAAACACAAGAUGGUUGUUUUGAACAAUUAUACAUUCAAAGCCUAUGUAAUUAUCAUGAUAUAGGGCUCCUAUAUAAUUACCACAUUGGACAAAUUAUAAACACAACCCUGACACUAAACUGCUGUAACUGGAUCAAAUCAAAAUAUCCUUUGGUUACUGAGAUUGAGUGAGUGCGAUUAGUGAUGCUUAGCUUCAGAGAACACAGCAUCACUGUGUUACAUUGUUAAAUGUUACUGCCUCCAGAUUAAAUGGUCAACAUUGUCUAAACACAGAAGUUAAUACUUGUGAUCGAAUUGUUCAGCCAUACUGUUAAACUUCACACGUAGGUGGUACGAACAGAUCCCGACGGUGGUAGCGCACACUGGGCAGACUGGGCGGACUGGAGCCAGACUGAACUGGGCUGUGGCUGGAUGCCAGGCCAGUAGCCAGCAUGACUCAAACAGCCUGUAGGAGUCAAACUACCGCAGCCACAGAGGGAGGGGGGAUGGGGCGGGGUGAGGAAGGGGGGACUCAGACGGGCAGUACGACUGGAACGUCUGAAUCAUCAGCCGUGCUUUAGUUGUUUUAGUUGUAGACAUGUUGGGUCAUGAGAAGCUUUCAACCUGGAUCAAAUCAGGACAUGCUUAAUGUUUUACGUUCCUCAAGUUCAAGUGUUGAAAAGUGAAUUUGAAAAUGACCAGUGUUAUUUUUUAAUGAUAAAGAUGGUUGAUAGGUGA